AUGCCUUUGUUAGAUACCUUCAAGAGUUUUAUUCAAUCACCUACAGAAUCAAAGGUGAAACAGGCCACCAACGAGGACGAGACAAGUGGAGCCACGGGGACGCUUAUGAACGAGAUAUCAAUCCUGACCUACAGUCCCAAGACAGUACGAGAAAUCAUUCAGGUAAUCCGGAAGCGAUUGCUACUUGGGCAGAACAGAAGAAAUUCUCAUCGAAAUUGCAUCCAGGUAAUGAAGACGCUGACUUUGGUCUCCUAUCUGAUGAACAACGGGUCCAAUGAAUUCAUCAAGUGGCUAAAAAGCAACAUGAUACUAAUUGAAAUCCUAGAGGAUUUCCAGGUCCAGGAUCCUCGGGAUGAACGUAAGGCGGAAGAUAUUCAAAAGCUAAGCAGGAACGUUUUGGGGCUGCUGCAAGACGACGGGUUACUAGAAAAACAGCGCAAGGACGUAAUCCAAUUCCGGUCAAGCAUAUCAACUCCGGGCAGGAAGUCCACAGACAAUAGCCAUUUGAAGCUGGAAGAAAUGAGAAACGAGCUCACGCGACAAAGCUUAGAAAAGAAAGCAAGGUCUCCAACCACUAGCACUAGUCUAGAUUUCCAGAGACAACGGACAAGGAAUACGCACGAAUACGCCCGAUUCUCUUUGGAUCCUCUGGCGGAAGAAGACAGCGAGGAUAAUCCCUGCACAUCAGGCGGAAUAAGUAAGCUCUCCUUCAGGCCUAAAUCCUCAAAUAAUCCAUUCAGAUGA